AUGGCUAACAGAGACUGGGAACUGUUAAAAUUCAACUUUUUAACGAAAUUAAUUACAGCUCUCGAACUUGAUGAGGAUUUAUUAAUUAGUGAGCAAGAAUUGUUGCCACUUAAUGAGUUACGGUGUAGUGAUGAAGAAGCAAGCAGUUCAUCAGCAUUUUCCAUCGCAACAACAACUAAUUCAGGCCCUUCAAUUGUCACCUCAACAAAUGUAUCAACUGAAGGAAUGAGCAGCGCUGAACUGAUUCCUUGUCUUUCCGUCGGUCCCUAUCAUCAACGUCCAACGCCUAUUCUUACAGACAAUCCUUUUGUCGGCACUAUCUUAGCAAGCUGUUUGCAAAAAAAGGCAGAAAAGGAAGGAAGCAAACAAACAGACUGCAGAAGAAAGGUCGACAAUGUCGAGGAGCGGCGAUCGAAAUCAUCUCCGCCCACACCGAUCGAACUCGAUGGGAUGAAUGAUAGCAAUGCCAACGGUGGGCUAUUUCGUUGUUCAACAAUUCUGCUUAAUGCAGUUUGGGUAUCGCAACUGAUACGAUCCGGUCAGGUUCGAGCUCGAAGUUAA